GUCCUGAAAUAAUCCAUGGUGAGAAGUUGGGGGGUGGCUAAUCAGCUAUAGAUGGAUUCCUACCUCUGCGGCGAGUACAAGCCAAUACCCCUACACCUCGACACUCGUAACGAGAAGGAGCAACGGGAUGAAGGGCCACUGCGGUCCUUCCAUCGUCGUCCUGCUCAUAUGAUCGAUGACCAAGAAGCUCGUGAUACAAAAGAUUUCCUUAUAAGCAAAUUCGUGGAGAAACUUCAAUUUAGUAUCCGUGAUGGAAGACUCGAUCCUAUUGAAAGAACUAAAUUGCACUCUAAUUACUACGCUGUCACAAUUCCUGAAUUCAUCCGGGGUGAAGGACCUUAUACGGGGGCUGAUAAAGUUGCUAUUCAGAUUAGUCUUCAGUUACUGCUGCCUUUCUUGAGGAAUGAUGUGUUGGUUGCGGAGAAGAUGGCUUUGAGGUGGCUUGCCGCGGAGACUUUUAUGCAUGAGCUUAUGGUAAGUUUUCUCUCUCGUUAUCUGGAUUUUAUUGUUUGCUAUGCUGGUGGAUUAGAUAUUGGGGAGGUGAACCCUGCCUUGAAAUUUGGGCGAAGACUGAUUUGGGAUGUUAAUGUCUGUGUAGCAUGCUAUGAAUUGCGUCCUAGUGGGCACACCUGAAUUCCCUCAUAUCUGUAGAUCGGAACCCUACUUUGAAGAUGAUAAGUUUUGCGAGCUGGGAUAUGCGUGGCAAGUAAGUCACCCCUUCCCCAUCCUUUUACACUCCCUCACAUCACCACAACCAAAUUCCUAAAAACAAAAAAAGCUCGACAACACAGGCGGCAUCACCCGUAUGCUCCGACAAUACAACAGCUUUGACCCCACCAAAAUCUACCCAGGCUUCGGUCUCAUGAACUUCCCCAACAGCCAUUUCUCUUGGUUGAGCACCAACACGACGGUUUUCCUCGGCGGACCGUCUUCCGUCUCGGACGAAUUUCGUUUCUCGCCCUACCACCAAUCUUGGUAUCCCCUCAUCCACGACAAAGAGUUCUGGACUCAUGGAAUGAAACAGUUCGGUAUGCAACUUCUCAAACCUAGGACGGCCGCGACGAUCGUCACGCAUUUGGAUACCUUUUAUGCUAGAGCAGGAUAUCGGGAUCCAAAUGUCAAGUGGGAGAAGAGGGGCAAGGGAUAUGAGACCCCAGCCGUAUCGGGGGAUUCUGGAAAAGAUCAAAAUGGAUGAACUAUGGGAUUUGAGUAAGGAGGAGUUGUUGGCACUUCAGUUCCGGGCUAGUGUUAUUGCGGAGGAGGAGAAGGCUGAUAUGUUGGAGCAGAGGCUUAAACAUCGUGCGAUGGUAGCCAAGGAGAUUAAGAUCUACGGGGUGUGAUUGCAAUUAAGACUCAGCUCGUUCCUACUCUCUCUGCUCAAGAGACGGAUAAUCUGCUGGGGCCGCUUUACUUUCAAGUCUUUUACAAAGCGAAGGAUGAGGCGAUGAAACUUGUUUUUGAGAUUCGGGGUAUUAUGUUUGAUGGCGAGGAGGACGCACGAAGGACCUGAGCAUCGGCGAUGGGAGAGUAUUUUGGUGGACUGCUUAUCCGUACGAAUCGUCGUUUGAGACUGGUGGUGAGAGAUGUUUUGGAGUGGACGGUGGACCGACAGACGGGUUCCUUCCCCAUAAAUGGGUUCCAGGAACAGAUCGCGGAUCUGUAUCUUGCGUCUGAGUAUCUCGGUGGCCUGUUACUCACCAUGAAGGAAAUCAUGACCCUCACCGACCUUGAUGAAGAUGGACUCAUAGCUGCACGACAACGAUUGGAAGGCGCGGCGAACGACUUCAACAAUACGAUGACCGCAAACGCGAGGAAGGAACAGCCAGGAAGGCACGAUGGGAUGAAGUGUACGGGAAGGAAGAUCGGGAUGCGGAGAAGCGAGAUCGCAUUGAGUAUUUCGCCAUCGCGCGCAAAGGACUCAAAACCGAACAACUCAUCAACGCGGAUGAACAAACCCUCUUCAACAACUCCGGCUUCGAAAUCUGCUGCCAAAUCGACGACACGAUGCAAUCUACCUCCCACGGCCUCAACGACAUCGUCGGCCGGAUGCUCCUCAUCCGCGGCCGUGAACCAGAGUACUCCAUGGAACUCCGCCAGUUGAGGAAGAAAAUGAUUGAUGUUCGGAUGAAAUUGGAUUUACCCCCGUAUAGCUAUAAACGCUAUGGUAUUUCUGCGUGGGGUGCGGGGACGAGUACGGAGCAGCUGGUGAAGGAGGGUGUGGAUCUA